AUGGCUCAGGCUGUAGAAGAAUGGUACAAGCAGAUGCCGAUAAUCACUCGUUCGUAUCUCACGGCGGCUGUUGUCACCACCGUUGGAUGCUCACUCGAUAUUAUAUCUCCAUAUAACCUCUACUUGAAUCCCACCCUUGUGGUGAAGCAAUACCAAUAUUGGCGUCUCGUUACAAAUUUCUUGUAUUUCCGGAAGAUGGAUUUGGACUUCAUGUUCCAUAUGUUCUUUCUCGCAAGAUACUGCAAACUCCUAGAAGAAAACUCAUUCAGGGGAAAAACUGCUGAUUUCCUAUACAUGCUUCUCUUUGGAGCAACGGUUCUCACUGGUAUUGUCCUCAUAGGCGGAAUGAUACCGUACUUGUCCGCAUCGUUUGCUAAAAUCAUCUUCCUCAGCAACUCGCUGACUUUCAUGAUGGUCUAUGUAUGGAGCAAACAAAACCCUUACAUUCACAUGAGUUUCCUUGGUCUCUUCACCUUCACAGCAGCUUACCUACCAUGGGUGCUUCUUGGGUUCUCUAUCCUUGUUGGUGCCAGUGCUUGGGUGGAUCUUCUGGGUAUGAUAGCAGGACACGCUUACUACUUUCUGGCUGAGGUUUAUCCAAGAAUGACUAAUCGUCGUCCUCUAAAGACUCCAUCAUUCCUAAAAGCCUUGUUUGCAGAUGAACCAGUUGUUGUAGCACGGCCAGAGAACGUGAGGUUUGCUGCUGCACCGUUCGAUGAAAUCCACCAAGACUGA